AUGGCUGGUCUGGCAGAGCAUCGACGACAAAAAGAACUAGCUGCUUCAGUCAUCCACAUUGGGACAAUUUAUGGUGCUGGAUAUGCCUCUCAACUGGACCGUAUAAUCUACUCUAAACCUGCUUUUUGGUCAACAGCACUGAUUCCAACGUUUGAACGCGACUUCUAUCAGCUAUUUGCAGAGGUAGUGACUCCUGAUUCAGGUCAUAAGAGCAUAGAAAUUCUCGACGGCACCUGCAAAGUCAGCGUCAAUGAUCAGGAUCAUCCAGUGCGGAAGUCGGAACCUUUCUUGAGUCAAUUCAUCAAGAACUACGACAGACUUUCAUCAGCAGUGGGUGAUGGCCAAUCCAGGGUACCAUUGAAGGCGCAACUAGCACAUGCCCAUGACCAAAACCAGACACAUAGCAUUGUUUAG